UGCUGUAUAUGUAAACACAGUGGCUCACAUGUCACUUGUGAGUUAUAUAUAUAUAUAUUUAUUUGUAACCAAAAAAUCAACUAAAUUGUGGAGAAAUAAAAAAAAAUGCCUUUAAUUGUUAUAACCGGUCUUCCAUGUAGUGGAAAAACAAAAAGAACGUUAGAACUAAAACAAUUCUUUGAGACUAAACAAUUGACAGUAACUGUAAUUAGCGAAGAAGAAGCAAUGCAAAAAGUUGGUUAUAAUAAAAACACAUACUUUGCAGAAUCAAAAAAUGAAAAAGGCGUUCGAGCAGACAUAAAAUCAGAUGUUCAACGUUGUUUAAAUAGCAAAGAUGUUUUGAUAAUUGACGGUAGUAAUUAUAUCAAAGGAUGUCGAUAUGAAAUUUAUUGUCUCUGUAAAUUAUAUAAAACACCUCAAUGUACCGUUCAAUGUGAUUUACCUGUUGAACAUGCUUGGCUGUGGAAUGAAAAACGAUCAGAAUCAGAACAAUAUACGAGAGAAAUUUUUGAUGCCCUUGUUAUGAGGUAUGAGGCACCAGAUAGCAAAAAUCGUUGGGAUGCACCAUUGUUUGCAGUUUUGCCAGAGGAUGAAUUACAAUUUGAAAAUAUUUAUUCUGCGCUAUUUCAUGUUAAAGCGCCAAAGCCAAAUAUGAGUACACAAUGUCCUCUUUUAUCAUCAACAAAUUAUUUGUACGAUAUGGAUAAAAUAACACAAGAAAUUGUAAAUGAAAUAUUAGCAGCUAAGCAAAUUGGAAUUGAAAAUGAUAUUAAAAUUCAAAAAUAUGGUCACACUCUUAAAAAUUCUGGUAACGCUGCUCAACUUAGUAAAUUAAGACGACAAUUUUUAACAUAUACAAAAAUGCAACAGAUUGCUCCAGAUCAAAUAGCCCUUCUUUUUAUACAGUAUCUAAAUAGUAGUUUAUAAUAUAUGUAUAUAUGUAUAUUUAUUUGUGAUAUAAUAAAAUUGUUUAUUCAUAUA